AUGGUUGUUACCAAAGUAACCUACACCACCACCAGCGACUCAAAUUUGACAAAAAAUCCCACCAAUGGUGAAUCCCGGGUGUCAUUCUUUCUGCCAGACGAUCCAUCGUCUUCUCCCAACUCUCCUAGUAAAAAUAGAAACUCAAAUUCAUCAACUCCGAGCACUCCUACUUUGUUGGCACCACCAUCAGAUAAUAGGUAUCAGUCCCGUGGUUCGAUAUUCGAUCAGACCAACUGGCUGAAGAAGCGCGCCUCACAAAUAAUCUUGGAGGUCCCUGCAGCUCACCUGAGAAAAAUCAACGAAACAGAAUCAAUCAGUUCGAUAAAGCGGGAGUCUAAACAUUUUUCAGACAAUACCACUUUACAUGGUCCUAAACGUAUUUAUUAUGGAAAGAAAUGCUCGUUUGUCUUCUGGAUAGUUAUGAUGUUUACUUCAAUGAUAUUAUUAGUUACGCAAGUGGUAACUCUUGGAUCGAUGUAUGCUAGCCAUCCUACUGUAUCUCAGAAUUCUCUUUGUGAUAUGCUCCUUUUUCUAUUAUGGAAUCAGUUCAUACUCUUUACUCACUACGCUAUACGAGAAGAGUAUGACCAUAACACAGAUCUAUGUUUGCCUUAUUAUAUUAGCAGCAAUCUUAGAGCUGGAACCGUUUCUUUCCUGAUCAAAGAUGAUGGGAUAGAGUUUCCGAUGAUCACAUUGUGUAAUUUCAACCCCAUAAAGAAAACCUACAUUAAGAAAUUAAAUAAAACCGGUGAUUUUUCUGACGAUCUACUCGACUAUCUUAUGGAAUUCUUGAUUGAUCCCAACACGCUUUAUGGAACAGCUGAUCGAGAGACUUUGCAUGUAGGUAGGCAGAUUAUGUUUGAAGCUGGUCUCGCUUCAAUUUUGGAGUACGCGGCUGUGAUAUUGGACAUGCAAGGUUCUGGGAAGGACUGGAUGCAAAAACAGCUGGAAGCUGGUGUUACCGCAGGGUGCGUCUUCUAGAA